CGGCUCUUCAACAUAGAGGGAAACAAGCACGUAUUUUGUGUCUAUUCCAAGUGGAAACCCUAGUGUCUGAGAAUACUUAGUAACAGGUAAAUUUGCUGACAGUUUUGGCAAGCAAAUUACACCACCACCUUGUCCAAGGUGUUCGACGAUUGGCCUGACAGUCAAUGUAAUUAUCGUCAUCUUGUCUAUUGAAACCAUGUCGAACUUGAGGGUCCUUUCUAAGGAUUACCCUAGACGCAUUCUCGCCCUGACAACCAAAAACCACGCCUUGAUAUUCCAAUAUAAUUUGCCAGAGCAGUCGAUCAAUUCUCAACAGCGGUAUGACAAUGUACCCCGUUGCCAGGUUGAAUUCGCAAGUCUACGUUCAGUAGACUUGACAGGCUAUCGUGUGCUUGGUGAUGGACAUGGCACGCUUGGUUUAAUUACCCUUGAUGAGGACGUUUUCAUCUGUGUUGUUACUGGUUCCUCCAGAGCUGCCACUGUCCGACCAGGAGAAACAGUCUCACGAAUUGAUAAUGUGGACUUCUACUGUUUGAAUCGCUCGGACCAUGAUGCGAUUGACAAUAUUUCAGAGGCCUCUUUUGGAGCUGAGGAGCUUCACAAUGGAGCUGGCUUUGAUGGCAAAGAUUCCAUCACUGAUCAUCCAUUUCUAGCUUUGAAAAAGCUCCUCAGUGAUGGUACAUUUUACUAUAGUCUAGAUUUCAACCUCACAGAUCGGCUUCAGGAUCGGUCAGACAAGGCUGCGGCGUUGGACGUUGACGCCCUCAAUGAGGACAUGCUUUGGAAUUUACAUAUGAUCCACCCUCUGCUUCUUUUCAGAAGCCACCUACCAUCUGCUGAUAGACGGCACCUCGACAACUCACAGAUUCUGACCUGUGUUAUCCGUGGGUUCUCCGGCACUCUGACUAUCCCCGCGUCGGUCUCCGUUCUUCCUCACGCGCAGACCCAUUUCCCUUCUGCUAUAACUAUAAUUUCGCGCCAGUCUUCUCGAAGGGCGGGUACAAGGUUCAAUUCACGCGGCAUAGACGAUAAUGGCAACGUUGCAAAUUUUGUUGAAACGGAAAUCAUCCUCUGGACCCCUCCUGGUAUCACCUUUUCUUACGUUCAGGUUCGUGGCUCGGUCCCUAUUUUUUGGGAGCAAGCUGCUGUGUUUCUGCCAGGGCAGCAGAAAAUUGAAGUCACUAGAUCCACCGAAGCCACGCGCCAUGCCUUCAACAAACAUUUUGAGGCUCUUGAGCUACAAUAUGGAGCAGUACAUGUGGUCAAUCUUCUCAGUGAACUAAAAUCCGGGGAGGCUGAGCUUUCUGCCAAGUUUCAAGAGCAUGUCAGAUCUAGUUAUAAUAAGCAGAAAGCAGAAUCUGGUUUGCCAUCUGACCACACACUUCUGCGGAUGACAAAUUUCGACUUUCAUGCUGAGGCUCGCGGACCUUUGGGAUACGGGGCUAGCAGCCAAAUCAAGCAUGAAAUAUCUCACUCCUUAUACGGCUUUGCCCAUUUUCUGUCAGAAGAAAACAACACGACCAUGUCUACUGACGAAAUACCCAGCCCGUCAAGCAGAUCUUCUGUAAUUUUGCAACAGGAAGGGGUCUUUCGGACCAAUUGUUUAGACUGUCUCGACCGGACCAAUCUUGUGCAAACAAUCAUCAGUUCGAUGGCCCUUGAGGCCUUUGUAUUACAACAAAGGGGAACAUAUAGUUCUGAUAUUCAACUGAGGCAUUCGUCCCUCUGGGCUGACAACGGCGAUGCCUUGUCAAAGAUAUAUGCCGGUACCGGCGCAUUGAAAAGCUCUUAUACGCGCCAUGGCAAGAUGUCUUUUGCUGGUGCGCUCGCAGACGCACGCAAAACUGCUACGCGGCUUUAUGUCAGCAAUUUUGCAGACGGAGGCCGCCAAAGAACUAUGGACCUUUUAUUGGGGCGAUUAGCUGAUCAGGUGCCAGUGCACAUCUAUGAUCCAAUUAAUGAUCUAGUGUCAGAGGAACUGCUUCGGCGAUCGUCAGAGUACUCAUACAAAAAAAGCAUCAAGAUCUGGACUGGAACAUUCAACGUCAACGGACGUCUCCAGGGACCAGAAACAGAUUUAUCGCCCUGGCUGUUGCCCAGACUCAGCCAGCAAGAUGAUGAUCCACUAAUCUACGCAGUUGGAUUCCAGGAGAUUGUAGCUUUGAGUCCGCAGCAGAUAAUGUCGACAGAUCCUACUACUCGCAAAGUGUGGGAAAGUGCAGUCAAGGAUUGUCUCAAUGCUCGUGCUGAAUCGAGAGGAACCGCAAAAUAUGUCCUCUUACGGAGUGGUCAGCUUGUGGGGACUGCUCUCAUGAUCUACGUGAGGGAGGACGCGUUGAAAGAUAUAAAGAACGUUGAAGGGAAUAUCAAAAAGACUGGACUUUCGGGUAUGGCAGGCAACAAAGGCGGUUGCGCAAUCCGCUUGGAGUUUUCUAACACUCGGAUAUGCUUCGUCACCGCCCAUCUUGCAGCGGGCUUUGCCAAUGACGAUGAAAGGAACAGGGACUAUGAUACCAUAUGUCAUGGUUUGAGAUUCCAAAACAACAAAUCCAUUGAGGACCAUGACGCCAUCAUAUGGCUCGGUGAUUUUAAUUACCGUGUUGGUCUUAACAAUCAACUUGUUAGAGAUCUCAUAUUAGAGGGAAACUACCAAAAGCUUUAUAACAACGACCAACUUAAUCUCAACAUGUUGAAAGGGAGGUCCUUCAGGUUUUACACCGAGGGACCAAUUAUGUUUCCCCCGACAUAUAAAUUUGAUAUAUACAGCGAUAACUACGACACCUCGGAAAAAUCACGUAUACCUGCCUGGUGCGAUAGGAUCUUAUGGAGGGGUUCUGGCCUUUCGCAGUCGAAUUACGACUCGGCAAAAUUGUACAUUUCAGAUCAUCGUCCGGUCUGGGCUAUCUUCUCAUGUACAAUCAGCGUCAUCGACGAGGAUAAAAAGAAUACGCUCAGGCGUACUCUGUACACGGAAAGACAAGAUGAUGUCCACAACAUCCUGUCCAAUAAACUCGACCAAACAAACAUGGGAGACGAGGAGGUAUCUCAACCCAAGCCCAGUGUCUCUGAAUUGCCGUUGGCUAGUUCAGACAAUCAUAAAUGGUGGUUGGAAAACGGCGCCCCUGCCAAGUCAUUGGUGGAUUCACCUGAUGGGUAUAUCUUAAAUCCUCAUCGCAGAUCCAAUCCAUUCUAUUUUGAUGAAGAGGACGACUGGGUCUCUUCGCCCAACUCAACAAACACCCAGUGGAUUACAAGAAAGGGUGAUGAUAUCAGUGGGGGACACCGCUAUCCACCGAGGGAUAGUACUCCACCAAACCGCUCGAGUAUGCAUGGUGAUUUGCUUGACUUUUCAUCGGAACACGAAUCCGAAAACACCGGAAGUGUCAUUGCUCAGACACAGCUCCACACUGCACAGAAAGCACCACCAAUCCCACGAAAACCCGUCUCACUGAUCUCUCAGCAAGGAAGGUCCAUGCCUAUGUCAGACAAUAGCAUGUCAGGUGCUGAUGCCCAUAGUUUAAAGGGACAUCUUGAAGGUGAUAUACGCUGUGAUACUUCCUCAAAUCUGAUUGAUUUGGCUCACAUCCACUCAGGUGAAGACAGUAAUUUGCUUGAUGGACAUGCAAGUGAAACUCUCGGUUGGAAACCCCUUCUCCCUCAAUAAUGCUUGAUAAUGCAACACAUCCUUU